AUCAAGCUUAAUUAAGCUUCACAAACUUACAGUGGUGACUGCAUCUGGAGAGAUCCAAAAUUUGGUGGUUUAUUUCUCUAUUUCUUUAAAGAAGACUGAGACGAAUAGGGGUUAAUGAGACAGUGGGAAGAUCUGGAGCAAACCAUGGCAAACAGCUAUGUAACAGUUUCUGAUGCAUACUGUCUUGCUGAGCCGUUGUCCUACUAUGAUGUUCUGCCAGACCACAUUAAUUAUCAACUGCCAGAGUCAGAGUUCCAGACAGCUUCUUGCUGUCAGUAUACAAAUAUGGCCUAUUCUCCUGGGUUGCAGUCACCAUCAUCACAGUGCCACUACACCUCAUAUGGCUUGGAAGCUGCUUAUGGGGAUGGCCAGUAUCUCCUAAGCACAUGUGAACUGAGUAAACCAUCCACAUUAAUGACACACGGUGUGGAUGAUGUGUACCCAAGCAUGAAAAGGCCUAGGGGUAGUCAUGCCAGCAUUAGAAUGAAAGGUCAUGAGGAACUUUGUGUGGUAUGUGGAGACAAGGCAUCUGGGUAUCACUACAAUGCACUUACAUGUGAAGGCUGCAAAGGUUUCUUUCGUCGUAGCAUAACAAAGAAUGCUGUGUAUAGAUGCAAGAAUGGUGGCCACUGUGAGAUGGACAUGUACAUGCGCAGAAAGUGUCAGGAAUGUCGCCUAAAGAAGUGCAAAGCUGUAGGGAUGCUUGCUGAAUGUUUGCUCACUGAAGUUCAGUGCAAAUCAAAGAGGCUUCGGAAAAACUGCAAGCAAAACAAUUCUAUAUUAUCUAAUGUAAAAGUCGAAGAUGAUGGAAGUGAUAGCAGGCAUGUGUCAUCCACUACAAAACUAACCAAACUUCCAUCCCAACUGGAACUCACAGGUGAAGAGUGUAAACUUAUUGAUCACAUAGUUACAGCACAUCAAAAAUGUGGCAUUCCACUAGAUGAUUUGAAAAUAUUUUUGGAAGAGUCUGCUGAUCCAGAGGAAAUAUUUUACCACUUUUCAGAAGCAGCUAUGCUUCAUGUACAAGCUUUUGUAGAAUUCACCAAAAGACUUCCAGGCUUUGAGAUGCUAGAUCAUGAGGACCAGAUUGCUCUUUUGAAAGGGUCUACUGUUGAAACAAUGUUGUUACGUUCAGCACAGCUCUAUAAUCAGCCUGCCACGGGUUCCUCAUUACAAUCUACUGAAGGACUUGCAAGAUACCAAAGCCACUCUGUUGACUUUUCUCAGAUUCAAGAGUUUGACAGAUGCCCUCUGUACUCACUGGAAGCAAAUUCACAUCAGGUGGUCUCAACCUCAACUACAGAUUUAACAGAAGAGUUUAUUACGCCACUUUUCAACUUUUUCAGAAGCAUGGGUUCCCUUAAUGUGACUGAAGCAGAGUAUGCAUUACUUUCAGCAGUAACAGUUUUAUUUUCAGAUCGUCCACUUUUACAAAACAAGCCACCUGUAGAGAAGUUGCAGGAACCACUUUUAGGAAUUUUACACAAGUACUCAAAACUCUAUCAUCCAGAGGACCCUCAGCAUUUUGCUCGACUGAUUGGACGUCUAACAGAGCUGAGAACCCUUAAUCACAACCAUUCAGAAGUACUUAUAUCAUGGAAAGCAAGAGACACAAAGCUUACCCCCUUGCUGUAUGGGUUCUGGAAUCUACAAUGAAUUUAGAACAUCUAAUUGUAAAGUUGAUCUCAAUAUGUUAGAGCCAGCAUAAAAUAUGGGACAUUUGUGGCUCUACAGAUGGAAAAGUCUUAAUUAUAUUCAUGUUUAUACAAAUAAAGUAACUAUACCUUU